UAGACAACAAACAAACUGUCAAAUUUGGAGCAGAGUAAAGCAAGGCAAGGCUUAAGCAUAAAAAUAUGAUUUAACCUCUAUUUUGGUUUUGAAAUCCAAUAUUUAAAAUGAAUACAAUUUUGAAACACCUUUGUGGUGUCGGAUUAACAUCAAAUCAUGUUUACGGCAUUCAUACAAGUGCACCGAUUGCAGCAUGGGCUAAAGCUAAAACUCCACGAAGAUUUUUGGAAUACAAUAGAAAAAUAUUCCCUCCGCAGGCAAUCGGCGAGGAUCCCAGACCAGCUUUUGUAUGUCACCAGAAAACUAAUUUUAAAUAUAGUCCAAAGAAGCUUUGGUAUAUUGCUAGCUUUGUUCGGGGCAUGACUGUUGAUGAAGCUAUAAAACAGCUUAGUUUUGUCAACAAAAAAGGUGCUGUAUUUGUUAAGGAAGCAAUACAAGAAGCCCAAGAACUAGCAGUGAAGAAUCAUAAUGUAGAAUAUAAGAGUAAUUUGUGGGUUGCCGAAUCCUUUGCAAAUAAGGGCAUGAUGAUAAAGGGUAUAAGAAGACAUGCUCGAGGCAGAAUGGGAGAAGUUCGUUAUAUGUACAGUCACUACUUUGUUCGUCUUGAAGAAGGCAAACCUCCCAAAGAUUAUUACAAACGCAAUGAAUUAACACCCCAGGAACAGCUUGAUUCAUGGUUGGAGCAAAUGAGGAAACGAAAAAUUGUUAAUUCAUACUAGAUUACUUUUUAAUAAUAUAUUUAGAAUAUUAACUGUAGUUAUUUUAUAGUUACUGCUCCUCCUUUGAUUUAGCAGGUUCAUAAGACAACAAUAAA